UUCGGUCGAGUCGACUGGAUUAUUCCAGCUCCAUCCCUGGAUUGCGGCCCAAGGCGCCGCCGCCUGUCUGAAUACUGAAGGGUUUAAGGAGGGCCGAGAAGGCCGCGAGUGCCGCCUCUCUGUCCCUUGCUAAAUCCAAGCGAGAAUUCGUAAUCCCUCUCCCGAACGCUCCAAGGGUUGGAAUUUGCGAUCUAGGCUUCGUUUUUUGGAUCCCUUCCAGCUGUCCUUCAUGCUGAAGGUUCUCUCUUCUCUGCACGUCCGAGGCCGGUUGCACUCCCUCCCGGGGAAACGCCCAGCGAGUAUCGUCAAUGUAGGCGAAGGGAGGUCUCCGUUGCCCCGCUUGCUUCGGUCCUUGACGGACCAGCAGGGCAGAAGUCCGGUGUUUUGGAGAAAGGCGUUCUUUUGCUCGAAGAGUGGCGAUGGUUCUGAGCCGCCCCCGGACGCUAAGGCAGCCGAAGAAGUUGAUGCCAUUGCGUCCAUUGACGCUGAAGGUGGUGCCUUUGAGGAGGCCGAGUCCAAGGCAUCGUCGGCUAUUGUUUCCACGAAUCCACGGCCUGAAGAUUACAUGUCUGUUGUAGCAUUGCCACUUCCACACAGGCCAUUGUUUCCUGGUUUUUAUAUGCCAAUAUAUGUGAAGGAUUCAAAACUGAUGGAUGCUUUAAAGGAAAAUCAGAAAAGGUCAGUCUCCUAUGCUGGUGCUUUUCUUCUUAAGGCGGACCCAGAAAUUGACUCAUCAUCUGGCUCUGAGUCGGACAAAAGUGUUUAUGAUCUCAAAGGAAAGGAAUUGUUCAAGCGCCUUCAUGAAAUUGGGACGCUAGCGCAGAUAACUAGCAUUCAAGGCGAUCAGGUAGUACUCAUAGGUUACAGAAGACUGAGGAUCACAGAAAUGGUUGAUGAAGAUCCUUUGACAGUUAAGGUUGAUCAUCUAAAGCAGGAGAAUUCUUAUGAUAAAGAUGAUGAUGUCAUUAGGGCAACAGCCUUUGAAGUUAUAUCAACAUUGCGAGAUGUUCUAAAGACAAGUUCCCUUUGGAGAGAUCAUAUUCAAUCUUAUACACAGCAUAUUGGCGAGUUCAAUUACCCAAGACUUGCUGAUUUUGGGGCUGCUAUAUCAGGAGCUAACAAAUUGUUGUGCCAACAAGUGCUUGAGGAGCUUGACGUCUACAAGCGCUUGAAGCUUACACUGGAAUUACUCAAGAAAGAGAUGGAGAUAAGUAAAAUACAGGAAUCAAUUGCAAAAGCAAUAGAGGAAAAAGUAAGUGGUGAGCAGCGGCGCUAUUUAUUAAAUGAGCAAUUGAAAGCAAUAAAGAAGGAGCUCGGCAUGGAGGCUGAUGACAAAACAGCACUAACUGCGAAGUUUAGGGAAAGACUUGAACCAAAUAAGGACAAGUGCCCUCAGCAUGUGUUACAAGUUAUUGAAGAAGAGCUCACAAAAUUACAAUUUCUGGAGGCUUCUUCAAGCGAGUUUAAUGUAACACGAAACUAUCUUGAUUGGCUAACCUCAAUGCCCUGGGGAAACUACAGUGCUGAAAAUUUUGAUGUCCAUCAUGCUCAAAAAAUUCUAGAUGAAGACCAUUAUGGUUUGUCUGAUGUAAAGGAGAGGAUCUUGGAGUUCAUAGCUGUUGGAAAACUCAGAGGAAUCUCACAAGGAAAAAUUAUAUGUCUAUCUGGACCUCCUGGAGUUGGCAAAACAAGCAUUGGUCGUUCAAUUGCACGGGCUUUAAACCGCAAGUUCUAUCGGUUUUCAGUUGGCGGCUUGGCUGAUGUUGCUGAAAUCAAGGGCCACCGCCGUACUUAUAUUGGUGCGAUGCCAGGAAAGAUGGUGCAAUGCCUAAAAAAUGUAGGAACAGCAAAUCCACUUGUUUUAAUUGAUGAAAUUGACAAGUUAGGGAAGGGGCAUGCUGGUGAUCCAGCUAGUGCUUUGCUGGAGCUUCUUGAUCCUGAGCAAAAUAUAAAUUUCCUCGACCACUACCUUGAUGUUCCAAUUGACUUAUCAAAGGUUCUAUUUGUUUGUACGGCUAAUGUGAUUGAGAUGAUUCCGAACCCUCUUUUGGAUAGAAUGGAAAAUAUUGCUCUUGCUGGCUAUAUCACUGACGAAAAGAUGCAUAUUGCAAGGGACUAUUUGGAGAAGACAACUCGAGAAGCAUGUGGGAUCAAACUUGAACAGGUGGAAGUCACUGAUGCAGCUCUACUAUCAUUAAUUGAGAAUUAUUGCCGAGAAGCUGGUGUUAGGAACCUACAGAAGCAUAUUGAAAAGAUAUAUCGCAAGAUAGCUUUGCAACUUGUUCGUAGAGGAGUGACCAAUGAGGAUAGCUCUCAAAAAGAAGACUCCCAGGAAUCGAGCAAUUUGUCUAAAGUAUCAUCUGAAAUUGUUGGGGAUAGUCAAAUAGGUAAAGAUACUAAUGCUCCAACCUCAAGUGUAGAAGCCCUCAAAUCAUUCACAGAACCUAAUCAGGCAGAAUCUGGUCCCUCAGUGACCGAGAACUCAAGUAGCCAAGAGGUCAAUCAAGGGACAACCGAUGCUAAUGAAUCAGUUAUCAGUAAAACAUCUGAUAAAAUUAUCAUUGAUGCAUCUAAUCUUGCUGACUUUGUUGGUAAACCAGUAUUCCAUGCAGAACGGAUUUUUGAUGAGACCCCAGUAGGUGUUGUCAUGGGUCUAGCAUGGACUGCCUUGGGUGGCUCAACAUUGUACAUUGAGACCACCAUUGUGGAGCAAGGAGAUGGGAAAGGUGCACUUCAUCUAACGGGUCAGCUUGGGGAUGUCAUGAAGGAAAGUGCCCAAAUAGCUCAUACAGUUGCCAGAGCAAUAUUCCUCGAAAAAGAGCCAGAGAAUAAUUUUUUUGGAAAUUCCAAGAUCCAUCUUCAUGUACCGGCAGGCGCCACCCCGAAGGAUGGGCCAAGUGCUGGGUGCACUAUGAUCACAUCCAUGUUGUCCCUUGCAAUGAAUAAGCCUGUGAGGAAGGACCUCGCUAUGACUGGUGAAGUAACAUUAACUGGACGUAUUCUGCCAAUUGGAGGGGUAAAAGAGAAAACAAUUGCUGCUAGGAGGAGCAACGUCAAGACUAUAAUAUUUCCAUCAGCUAACAGGAGAGAUUUUGACGAGCUGGCUGAUAAUGUGAAAGAAGGCCUUGAGGUUCAUUUUGUAGACAACUACAACCAAAUUUACGAGAUUGCUUUUGCAAGUGAGCAUGAUGAUGCCAAAUAAUCUGUGUUCCCCUCAGUUAUUCUGAGCUUGCAAUUGAACAUUUUUUUUAUUGGGUUUCAUGAAAGCUCCACACAAGAUCAAGAACAAGAUAUCUAGCAGGAAGAAAAAUGCCAGCGCUCCCUUUGAAGAUGAAAUUAGGAGUUUUACAUCAUCUUGCUAUAAAAUCUCUUAACUAGUUUGUAACAGUAACAUUUUUGUAGGUGGCUGUGAGACACAAUCAAAAAUAUUUAUCAAAUUCAUGUGGAAGCAUCGUCCGUUUACCAACAAUAAAGCUCCCAAAUAUUUUAGUUAAACUUGUGUCCUUUUGUAACCUUUGAUUUUUAUUUAUUUGAACUUUGAAGUAUGAUUUAAA